AUGCCAUUUGUUCUAUUGGGUGAUCAAGGAUAUCCACUGAAAGAGUAUCUAUUAAGACCCUAUCCAUUCGAUAAAAAUUUGGAUUCGGCAAAAGAAACAUUUAAUUACCGUUUGAGCAAAGCUCGGCGUAUGAUUGAAUGCACUUUUGGAAUUUUGGUAUCGAAAUGGAGAUGUUUAAAAACCGAACUUCAAAUGAACCCGGAACAUGUUGAUAUAGUUAUUAAGACUAUAUGUUUAUUGCAUAAUAUUAUCAUCGAUAAAGAAGGUAUAGAUGAAACACUACUGGAGCAGGUUCGUCGUGACCCAACUAUAAACUCAGAAACACAUUCAGUAUCUAGACGCAAUAACAGAUCAAGAACGGAAGCAUACAUAAUACGUGAUACUUUUAAAGAUUAUUUCACAACUGUUGGAGUUAUAAAAUAA